CGUCGACGUACCAAUUCCAAUACCAAUACCAAAGACAAGAAUAGAAUAGAUUUAUAGAAGGCCAGGAAAAGAAAAGAAGGGAAUGGAGAAAUAAGGAUUCAAAAGCGCUGAGGUCGACCUUCUUCCCCAUUCCCAGAUCUCUUCCCAUCCAUCGCGACAUACCAUCUAAGAGUCUCGCAGCUCCUUCAGCUGAGAUCGGCCUUCUCCCGGCGUAAUUCCUUUCCCACGUCCACCGCGCUGGACAGAACCCUAUCCAUUCCCCCCAAACUCACCAGAUCUGAGGAGAAACCCCCAAAUCCAUGGACGAUUUUCCCGGUCUGCUGGCGAGAGAUUUCGGCUUCCGGCCGCAGGGCAAAGCCGCACCCAUGUCCGCCUCCAGAGGCGUCGGCGUCGGCCCCGGGCCCACAAAUGCCGCGAUCGGAUCCAGAGGGCCCACCAGAUCGGGCGGCUGGAGUUCCACCCCUCCCGGUGGUUCCUUAUUCGGCGAACACGAUGGGCUAUUCGGCCCCGGGGGCGCAAAGAAUCAGAACACUCCUCAGGAUUAUGGAGGUUUUGAUGAUAUCUUCGGGGGUCCCACGCGUGCCGCCCCCCCUUCAUCUUCCUCCUCUGCCUUGCCUGUCUACGAUAAGCCUGUCUAUGAUGACGAUAUCUUUGACGGUGUCCCUGGGGUGAAGAGCACGGGCUCAGUCAAGUACGAUGACGUGUUCUCGUCGAUCUCCAAGGGGCCCACCUAUGCGGAUCAUUACGAUGAUCUGCUCGGGGGGUUCGGUAGAUCGGACCCAGAACCAAAAGGUUCGAGUGGGAAGCGGUCUGGAGAUCGGGAGCAGGAGGCGCCGGGAUUUGAUGAUUUGAUUCCUGGGUUUGGUGGAAGCAGCCCUCCACAGAAAAGGGAGACUUCAGAGACAAACCGUCAUCCCCAGUCAACUGUUCCUUCAACAAAAUCAACCUCCAGUGUUUCGGAAGAUCCUUUUGUAGUUCUAGAAUCUGCUUCAGUUCCGGCAUAUUCAUCGUCAGGAUUGUUUGCCGACCCUUUGGAGCACAUAAAUAAGCCCAGUAACACUGACAGCACAAAAGCUGAUGGUUCUGCUGGUGGGGCAGCAUUUGAUAAUAUUGAUGCCUUUGAUGGGCUUGCUAUCAAUAGCAGCAGGAAGGAUAAGAGCCCUUUAAGGUCAGGGCUAAACUUGAGCCCUUCACAUGCAACAGCUAGAAAAGAAGCAACUGAGAAACCUUCAGCGAAGAACUUUGAGAGCAUUGCACAGAAGAAGGUUCCUGUUGAUGAUUAUCGAGAGUCACAUCAAACUCUGUUUGACAUGCCUGCGGCUUCAUCAGAUUCUUAUAGAUCUGUUGGUAGAAGUGGUUCUCGCCCGAAGGAUAUUAACACUAAUUCUUAUGAGGCAAGUUCACAGGUAGAUAUGUCUCCAAAGUCUGAUGAAAAUGUGGAAACAGCUGAUGAUGUCUGGCUCACCGUUUCCGAAAUUCCUCUUUUCACGCAACCUACAAAUGCCCCACCGCCUUCAAGGCCUCCUCCCCCAUUGAUCACUAAACCAUCACAGGCUUCUAAGGCAGAUAGGGGUUCUGCAGCGGGUGUCAAUGUGAAAAGGAAGGUUACUGGUACUGAUUCAGUGAAGAUCUCAGGCAUACCUUCAAUAGAUGAGCUUGAAGAUUUUGCCAUGGGAAGGCCUCAGAAUUUUGCUGAUGAACGUGCAGAUGCUGUUUCCAGUGAAGAAGAGAUAGAGCCAAAUUCAGCAGCGGCAGUGUCUGCGGCUGCCAUGAAAGAGGCUAUGGAUAGAGCUGAGGCAAGGUUUAAACAUGCCAGGGAAGUAAGGGAGAGGGAAAGAGAUGCAAAAUCUGUUAGAAGUAGAGAACCUGCACGGCAGGAAGGAGAUGAGAAAUCUAUGCAAGAUGCUCAGGAGCGAGAAUAUAAAGAGAAACAGGAAAGAUUUGAUCGUGAACGGGAACAGAAGGAAAUGGAGGAGAAGGAGAGAGAACAAAAGAGGGUUGAAAGAGAGAGAGAGAGAGAACGGGAACGGAUCGAAAGGGAAAAGGCCAGACAAGCUGUGGAGAGAGCUACAAGGGAAGCGAGGGAUAGAGCUGCUACUGAAGCUCGUGCACGAGCUGAGAGGGCUGCUGUUGAGAAGGCAAAUGCAGAAGCACGUGAACGUGCAGAACGGGCAGCAGUUCAGAGGGCAGCAGCUGAAGCACGUGAAAGGGCAGCUGCAGAGGCAAGAGAAAGAGCAGAAAAGGCUGCUUCAGAAGCCAGGGAGAGGGCUGCUGCAGAAGCGAGACAGAGAGCAGUUGCAGAAGCAAGGGAUAAAGCAGCCACAGAAGCACGGGAGAGAGCUGCUGUGGAGAGGGCUGCCGCUGAAGUACGGGCUAGAGCAGAACGUGCUGCAGUUGAGAGAGCUAAUGCAGAGGCUCGGGAAAGGGCUGCUGCUGUUGCAAGAGAGAGGCAACAAAAGAAUGAAAAUGAUCUUGAAUCAUUUUUUGGUAUGGGUUCUCGACCGAGCAGUGUACCAAGGCAAAGGUCUGCCACUCCGGACUCUGCUUUUGACACCCAAUUUCAGAGCAAGGGAGGCUCUGAAGCAGCACGAAGGACAUCUUCGGCAACUUCAUCCAGCAUAAGGAAGGCAUCUUCUGCGACAAAUAUUGUGGACGACCUUACUUCCAUUUUUGGAGCCACCCCGUCAUCGGGAGAUUUUCAAGAAGUCGAAGGAGAAAGUGAAGAAAGGCGAAGAGCCAGGCUGGAACGGCACCAAAGGACACUUGAGCGUGCGGCAAAAGCUCUGGCUGAGAAAAAUGAGCGUGACUUUCAAAAUCAAAGGGAUCAGGCUGAGAGACAUAGGAUUGCUGAAACACUGGAUGUCGAGAUUAAGCGGUGGGCUGCGGGAAAAGAAGGCAACUUGCGUGCAUUGCUGUCAACAUUGCAAUAUGUGCUUUGGCCUGAAUGUGGUUGGCAGCCGGUGUCUUUGACUGAUUUAAUUACUGCUGCUUCAGUAAAAAAAGUUUAUAGAAAAGCAACCUUGUGCAUCCAUCCUGAUAAAGUGCAACAGAAAGGUGCAAAUCUUCAACAGAAGUACAUUGCAGAAAAAGUGUUCGACCUUCUUAAGGAAGCUUGGAACAAGUUAAAUUCAGAGGAGCUCUUCUAAAGACCUUGAAGCCUUCUUUGCGGAUGAUUUUGGUAAUUUGCAUGUUGGGAGGGGCAAACAGCAAAUGCGUUUUGCAGCUGCUUAAUACCCCACGCAGUUGUUCCGGUGUAGUGCUUUACGGAUGGUGCUUCCAAUGUGCUGCUGCUGCCUUAGUAAGGACUCUUUGUUGUGUUUAUGGCUGCUGUAAAUGGCUUUUCAUUGAGAAAUACGGGUUAGAGAGGUGUGCUUAUGUGGAAGUACGGCUGCUUUAGUCAUGUGUAGAGUAGCAGCAGAGAGGGAUGGCGUCAUCCAUGCCCCAUUGUUCGGCCAUCCCCUUUGAUUUGUAAGUGGUUGUCUUAUUCUUUUUCGUGAUCAUCAGGAUCAGAUCCUUGAACGAUCGAAAACAUUGAAUGAAUGCCGCUGGCGGCUGAUGAGUUGUCUUAGAUCAUGAAGUCAAGCUGGCGAUUUAUGAUUUUUGGUUAAUUGUAUUCUAAAACUUGACUGUCGAAACUAUUUUUGGGUAUCUACGAUGAGUGGAAUUACUU